AUGGAGACUGAGAGAUUUAAGAUUGAGAUGUUGGACUAUUAUAAUAGUUCCCAAGGUAUGGUUUACAGAAUAAAUAUCUAUAAUAAGAAGAACAAUGAAUCUUGGGAUAUAGAAAGAAGUUAUACAGAUUUUGAGCAGGUUGAUCAUUUAUUUCAAUAUAGAUAUCCAAAUAUUCCAAAACUUCCAUCAAGAGGAUGGUGGUGGCAAAAGAAUAAGGAAUUCUAUGAAAACAGGUUUCAAGGCCUGAAGGAAUACCUUUAUAGUGUGUUAGAAAGUGAUUUUAAUAUAGAAAAUAUGGUGUUAGCAUACUUUUUGGAUUUAAAUCUGGUAGUAUCUGAAACAGGUACUAUAGCUAAUACAAGUAUUGAAGAACUGGAUGUGGACGUAUUAGAGUAUUUCAGGGCCAAGUUAUUGAAUAUAGCUAAUGCUAAUGAAAGAUCCUUAGCAACGAUGGAAAGAAAGGCUAGGGAAAAGCAGUAUCAUUCUUUUUUGGGGAAUUCCAAAUUUUUCUCAGAAUUUUAUGAUACAGAAUUCAUGUUAGCUUUAGAUGAUAAAAAGAAUCUUCCAACUUCUAUAUUAGACUUCAAGGAUAUGGAAAAUAUGGAAUCUAAAUUAAGGCAGAUAUCAAGUCAAGACAAAGAAAUGAUUUUGAUAAUGGGAAAGAUUUGUAGGGAGAUCAGUGGAUCAUUGGAGUCUAAGAUUAAGCCUUUUGAGGUUAAGGAGCUAAAGCUGAAUUUUCAGCCAAUUAAUAAAUCGUAG